GUCGUGGGGAACAUGUGACGCCCCUAAACUCAGUCCUUAGUUACGGUGACGGAGGGUUACAACAUUCAACCAAACUUCAAAUCCUCCCUCUCCUUCAACUCUCUCUCUAAUCCUCCAAUCCCCCCCUCCCGCUGUCGCCCUACUGCGCGCUCCGCCUUCGAUUGAUAACCGCCACUUCUCACAAACUUGAUCCCGCAAUCAUGAAACUGCAUUACAUCGGCAUCCUUCGCAACGAGAGCCAGCCGGCUCAUGAGAUCGUCGCUGAGAAGGAACUCAGCAGCUACUCGCGAUUCACCCGCAACAACUAUGGCGAAUUCAUGACCCUAUUCGCAAAGACCGUCGCCGAGCGCACCCGCCCUGGACAGCGACAGGAUGUUGAGGAGCAAGACUACACUUUCCACGCCUACGGCCGAACCGAGGGUGUCUGCGGCAUCAUCAUCUCCGAUCACCAGUAUCCUGCCCUCGUGGCACAUCAGCUUCUUAGCAAGGUCGUCGACGAGUUCCUCUCCAAGAACCCCCGCUCCAGCUGGGCCACCGGCACACCCACUCUCUCCAUGCCCGAGCUGAAGGAGUACCUCACAAAGUACCAGGACCCCCAGCAGGCCGACAGCAUCCUCAAGAUUCAGAAGGAGCUUGACGAGACUAAGAUUGUUCUCCACAAGACCAUCGAGAGUGUGCUACAGCGUGGAGAGAAGAUCGACGAUCUAGUGGCUAAGAGUGACGGCCUUAGCGCCCAAAGCAAGAUGUUUUACCAGCAAGCCAAGAAGCAGAACUCGUGCUGUAUUUUGAUGUAAUGGAUCAUUUCGUUUUUCCGGCGUUGGACCUGGCUUCAUUUCAGCAUAUAAGAGAUGUCGGUAUUGAGAUUGGUUAUUCGUGUGGCGCAGAUACUUCCAAUCGUUUUGUCCAUCAUUCAUUCGCAGGGCCAUGUCUUUACAGCAGCUAGACUUGUCGAAGAGGCGGAGAAGAAUCUUAUCACAGGCAGUACGAUCGAAGGCAGAUGGGUGCCAAAUGGGAAUCAUUCUUUUUGACAUGUUAAAAAAAAAAAAAGUCCAUAAAUUGGACAAGUGUGAA